AUGGAGGCAGUGGAAGUCCGGACCAGCAUCAUGAAAAACAAGAAGAAAGGGCCGCCGGCCCCGCCGAAGGAGCUCCGCGUGGCGGCGGAUUGCUCUGGAUACGGAGCUCACGCAGCUCGGCCUGAAACGCAUGUGCAAUGUGCUGUUGCAUUUCUGUUUGUGCCUGAAGCCAAGAUUAUUGCUCUCGCCAAUAUGGACCUGAAGAUCCCAGUGAAGAACAUGCUCGCUUGCGAGAUCGACCCUGCGGUGAGGCGCAUGGCGUCUCGUGUGUCUGAUGCGGUGGACUUGCCCGCGUACGAGCAGCCGGUGAACAUGGUAGAGAGGCACUUAAGCCAGGAGAGUCUUGAGCUCUACAUGCUGACGGCACCGUGCCAGUCUUACAGUCUGGCCGGGAAGGGCCUUGGACUUGGGGAAGGGAGAGGGCAGCUCGUGGUAGAUGGCUGCGGCAAGAUACUGGACGAGAAGCCCAAGGCCUUCUUGUUCGAAAACGUGGCGAACAUCGACAAGCAGCACAAGCCUGUGUUGGACAAGUGGGAGAGCAUCCUGAAUGAUGCGGGCUACGUGACUUGCAGGAUGAGCCUGAAAGCCUCGGACCACGGCAUCCCGCAAGGUCGGGUGCGGACGCUGGUGGUGGGCGUCAGGGAGGACGUCGCAGAGGGCCGCCAGUUCACGGUCCCCGAGCACAUUGGUUCAGUGCCGCUGGCUGCAUUUUUGGAGAAGACUUAUAAAUGCAAAGUCGACGAGAGCCAGCAGACCCGCACGUUCCAGAACAACAUGACGAAGGCGGGAGUCAGGACAUGCGAGCAUUUCUGUCACUACUACCUUCAGAUGCCCAGCUGUGAGCCGUCAGGGGGCACAACCUGCUCCAUAACUGUCGAAGCCUAA